GAGCCCAUGGCUUGACCUCUGCUCUGCUGUCUUUUCUGCUUACUUACCCCUCUCUCUCUCUCUCUCUCUCCAUUCUCUUGUCUUUCUGAAUUCUAUUGUGGGCUUGCUGCUCUUGUUCUCUGAGCACAGAAAAGUGGGUUUCUCUUCUUUCCCUUCUUUUAUACUUUCCUCACUAAACUCUCUCUCUAUCUCUCUGUGGAGGAGCAAAUACCAAGAAACCAUAUCCAUUUUUCUCUCACUUGUUUUGAUGGAUCUGCAAGAUCUAGCCUCCCCAUGAUCUCCUCCUUCGUUUCCCUUCCCCUCGAGUGGCUUUUGAUGGGCCGAUGAAUUCUGGGUAUGUGUGAUUUUCUUGCUUUCAUCUUUCUUCCCUUUUCUUGGGGGCACUGCGUGGAAAACUAGGAAGCUGGGAAGAUGACACGUGAUCAGUAGUCAUUCUUGGAGAUUUCUGAACCGUGUGAAUCCAUUGACGUGAUCAGAACUUGGAAAUAAGAGGAACCUAGUCUUGCUAGAUGUGCAGAAUCUGGGGAGGUUGUUGGGUGAGAUGAGGGAUGUUAUCUGGGUUGAUGAACUUUCUGUGGUCCUGUUUCCGGCCGAGGUCAGACCGAUAUGUUCAUGCGGGUUCAGACUCUGGAGGCCGCCAAGAUGGGCUGUUGUGGUACAAGGACUUGGGGCAACACCUAGUCGGUGAGUUCUCUAUGGCCGUUGUCCAGGCCAAUACUUUGAUAGAGGAUCAUAGCCAGAUUGAGUCGGGGUGUUUGAGCUUGCAUGAGUCCGGACCUUAUGGUACUUUUGUCGGUGUAUAUGACGGACACGGCGGACCCGAGACAUCGCGCUAUGUUGUUGAUAACCUCUUUCAACACCUCAAGAUGUCUACAUCAGAGCAUCAAUCUCUGUCCGUUGACGUGAUAAGGAAGGCGUACCAAGCCACUGAAGAGGGUUUUCUUUCUAUUGUCACCAAAUUGUGGCCAACAAAACCACAGAUUGCAGCAGUUGGAUCUUGCUGCCUUACUGGUAUAAUUUCUGGUGGAACACUUUACAUUGCAAACCUUGGUGAUUCACGAGCUGUUCUUGGGAGAGCUGUCAAGGCAACGGGGGAGGUUUUAGCCAUCCAGCUGUCAACAGAGCAUAAUGCUAGUAUAGAGUCCAUAAGACAGGAACUCCAUUCGAUGCACCCUGAUGACCCACAGAUCGUUGUUUUAAAGCAUAACGUAUGGCGUGUUAAGGGCCUUAUUCAGAUCUCACGAUCUUUCGGUGAUGUGUACUUGAAGAAGGCUGAAUUUAACAGAGAGCCUUUAUAUGCCAAGUUUCGCCUUCGUGAACCUUUCAGAAGACCAAUAUUGAGUGCAGAACCAUCAAUUUCAGUGCACCAAUUGCAAUCGCAUGAUCGAUUCAUUAUUUUUGCAUCUGAUGGACUAUGGGAGCACAUUGGCAACCAGGAAGCAGUUGAUAUUGUUCAAAAUCAUCCUCGCAAUGGCAUUUCAAGGAGGCUUGUUAAAGCUGCUCUGCAAGAAGCGGCCAAGAAGAGAGAAAUGAGGUACUCGGACUUGAAAAAGAUUGACCGUGGUGUCCGUCGCCAUUUCCAUGAUGACAUUACCGUGAUCGUUGUUUUUCUCGACUCCAACCUUGUGAGCAGGGCAAGCUUGAUAAAAUCCCCCAAUGUAUCCGUCAGAGGGGGAGGAAUCAACUUGCGCCCCAACACGUUGGCUCCGUACUCCACAAACGGUACCACUUGAAGAUGCUGCUUGCGAUCUCUCUACGUGCUGCAAUUUUUCACACAUGUGAAUAGGAUACCCGGCAGCUUCCUUUAGUAGAGGGGGCGAGCCGUCGAUUCUUUAGUGUACACAGCGACGUCUCUUAAUGUAGAACGGAUGCUUUUAGCUUCUGGGAUGAUGGAAAAAAAAGGGAGCGGAACUGUUGACCAGUAACUUCCGAUGUUAAUUUAGUAUUAGGACAGUUGCUCUAUGUACUUCCUUUUCUUUUUUUUCGCUCUCGUGCGCCUUUUAGGUUUGUAUAUUUGCAUUUUUUUUCUCUGAGAAAAUGAUUCACUACAUGGAAUUACUUAUGUAAAGCAAGAAAUGUCUAAUUUGUGUUCCCUUUCC